GCCAGGACACACGGGCUCAGGGAUCUCACGGGGACAGCCCCUCCUGGUGCCACCUGCUCCACUUCUUGCCCUAGCCCCUCCUCGCCCCGGGGCCCAGGCCACCCGAGGGACCCAGGAGUCAGUCCUCCGCACCUCUUACAGCCCAGGUGGUGGCCUCGGCCUGCUCACCUCCAGCCCCAUCAUUGGCCUCUCCCUGAAGCAGCCUUUUAGAACAGGCCUCAGCCCUGAGCUCAGACCCUGCAACAAGAGAGCCUCAGUCCGACCCAGCUCCAGCCCCGGGCUUGGCAUGGCCAUCCGGCAGCCGGACACCGAGGACAAUGACCAGCAGCUGCCUGGAGGGGAGGGCCCGGGCCUGCGUGCGCACAACCCCAGGAGAGGAGACGAGUUCUACGUAGGGAGGCCUCGGAGUCCCGCCCUUCUGCAGCGUGUCUGCUCCACGUUCCGACUCAGUCUGCUCAUCCUCGGGUUCAACAUCCUGCUGCUGGUGGCCGUCUGUGUGAUUGGGUCCCAAAGAGCACAGUUGCAAGAGGAGCUGCGGGUCCUAAAAGAAAACUUCACCCACUUCUCCAACGGGGUCCUGUCGGAGAUCAGCACCCUCCUCUUCCAUGGGGGCAGCGCCGGUCAGCAGCUGACCUCUCUGGAGGCCAAGCUGGAGAAGCAGCAGAAGGAUCUGAAAGCAGAUCACGCUGCCCUGAUGCUGCACGUGAAGCACUUCCCGGUGGACCUCCGCAUCCUUACCUGUCAGAUGGCCUUCGUGCGCAGCAACGGCACACAGUGCUGCCCCAUCAACUGGCUGGAGUAUGAGGGCAGCUGCUACUGGUUCUCCCGCUCGGGGAAGACGUGGGCGGAUGCGGACCGGUACUGCCGGCUGGAGAGCGCGCACCUGGUGGUCAUCAACUCCCGGGAGGAGCAGAAGUUCAUUAUGCAACACACGAACCCCUUCGAUGCCUGGAUAGGUCUCACGGACAGCGACGGCUCCUGGAAAUGGGUGGACGGCACCGACUAUGAGCAGAGCUACAAGAACUGGGCGGCCACUCAGCCCGAUGACUGGCAGGGGCACGAGGUGGGUGGAGGCGAAGACUGCGCGGAACUCCGGGCCAACGGCCGCUGGAACGACAAUUUCUGCAAGCAGUUCAGUAUAUAUACAGAACGGAUCUGUAUCCAUUCUGGCUGGCUCGAAGUCGUCUACCCAGGAUCUGAGCUGCUCCUCUUUCCUGGAGAAAACCUGUGUUUCAGAGCACUUGGGGUCCUGCCGCCCAGGGAGUCUGCACAGCCAGUGAGAGAAGCUCCCUUGAAAGCCAUUGCUGGUGGACGGGCCGGAGGACGCGAUGCGAUUACAGACCACACGCCCACGUCCCUCGCAUUCACACCGAACGGAUUUCCCGCCUAA